AUGAGAAACAAGAAACUUUUGUUCUUCUUCGUUUUGUUGUUGUUCUGCUUCUCUGACUUGUGUGUAGAACUCAGCAGAGGACAGAACAAUCGAAGAAUUGAUGUCAAUGUGGGUGUUGUUACAGAUGUCGGAACUCCAUACUCCGAUGUUGCCAUGCUCUGUAUCAACAUGUCUCUUGCUGAUUUUUAUUCUUCUCGUCCGCAAUUUCAGACAAGGCUUGUUGUUCAUGUUGGUGACUCCAAAAACGAUGUCGUAGGUGCUGCAGUUGCAGCUCUUGGGCUGAUAAAGAACAAACAAGUGAAAGCAAUAGUAGGGCCAUGGACUUCAAUGCAAGCUCAUUUCUUGAUCGAGAUAGGCCAAAAAUCACAGGUUCCUGUUGUUUCCUACUCUGCAACAAGCCCAUUUCUUCAAUCACUUCGCAGUCCAUACUUCUUUCGUGCUACAUAUGAGGAUUCCUCCCAAGUGCACUCCAUAAAAGCUAUCAUCAAGUUGUUUGGUUGGAGAGAAGUCGUACCUGUUUACAUCGACAACACCUUUGGAGAAGGUAUAAUGCCUCGUCUCACAGACGCAUUACAAGAGAUUAAUGUUCGAAUACCUUAUAGAUCUGUUAUCGCUCUCAAUGCCACGAACCAUGAAAUCUCUGUGGAGCUUCUUAAGAUGAUGAGCAUGCCCACUAGAGUCUUUAUUGUCCACAUGUACUCGUCCCUUGCCUCAAGAGUCUUUGUCAAAGCAAAGGAGAUUGGUUUAAUGAAACCAGGAUAUGUCUGGAUCCUUACCAAUGGUGUUACGGAUGACUUAAGUUCGAUAAAUGAGACGGGUAUUGAGUCUAUGGAGGGGGUAUUGGGUGUUAAAACUUAUUUUCGGAAAUCCAAAGAUCUAGACAAGUUUAGAUCUCGAUGGAGGAAGAUGUUUCCACGGUUAAAACUGAGUGUCUAUGGAUUGUGGGCUUAUGAUGCUACCACCGCACUUGCAAUAGCCAUUGAAGAAGCUGGAAUAAAUAACUUGGCUUUCAGUAAUGUGGAUCUUGGAAGGAAUGUUUCUGAAAUUGAAUCUCUUGGUUUAUCUCAAUAUGGUCCAAAGCUUCUCCAGACACUCUCAAGAGUUCAUUUCAAAGGGCUUGCAGGUGAUUUUCGUUUUGUAAAUGGGCAACUACAACCAUCAGUUUUUGAGAUUGUUAAUGUGAUUGGAACCGGAGAAAGGUCAAUAGGAUUCUGGACAGAGGAAAAUGGUCUUGUGAAGAAACUAGACCAGCAACCGCAGAGCAUGAGCGCUUUAUCUACUUGGAAAGAUCAUCUUAAACAUAUUAUAUGGCCUGGAGAGGCUGAUUAUGUUCCAAAAGGAUGGGAGAUUCCGACUAAUGGGAAGAAGUUGCGUAUUGGAGUUCCAAAGAGAACCGGUUACACUGAUCUCGUGAAGGUCACAAGGGAUCCUAUCACCAAGACACCAACAGUCACAGGUUUCUGCAUAGAUUUCUUUGAGGCUGUGAUUCGAGCAAUGCCUUAUGAUGUCUCCUACGAGUUCAUUCCUUUUGAGAAACGCGAUGGUAAACCAGCCGGUAAUUACAAUGAUUUAGUCCACCAAGUGUACCUCGGGAGAUAUGACGCGGUUGUUGGAGAUACAACCAUACUGGCGAAUAGGUCCUCUUACGUCGACUUCACAUUCCCAUUCAUUAGAUCAGGUGUGGGAUUGAUCGUCCCAAUGAAAGACCAAGUGAAGAGAGACAGUAUCAGUUUCUUGAAACCUCUAACAUGGAAACUAUGGUUAACUUCUUUUGUCUCUUUCUUCCUUGUUGGUUGUACUGUUUGGGUUCUUGAACAUAGGGUUAAUCCAGACUUCCGUGGACCAGCUAAUUACCAAGCUAGUACCAUCGUUUGGUUUGCCUUCUCUACCAUGGUUUUUGCGCCACGAGAAAGAGUGUUUAGCUUCGGGGCAAGGAUCCUAGUUAUCACAUGGUACUUCGUCGUUCUCGUGCUAACUCAGAGUUACACAGCCAGUUUGGCGUCGGUUUUGACAUCACAGCAACUUCAUCCAACCAUAACCAGUAUGAGUAGCUUGCUUGAGAAAGGAGAAAUAGUGGGAUAUCAGAGAACAUCCUUCAUCCUUGGAAAGCUUAAAGAAUCAGGUUUUUCACAAUCUAGCCUUGUGCCCAUCGAUACCGCAGAAGAAUGUGAUGAACUUCUGAGGAAAGGACGAGAAAAUGGCAAAGGCGGUAUCUCUGCAGCUUUAUUGGAAUUACCUUACUUGAGACUCUUUCUUGGACAAUAUUGCAACACUUAUAAAAUGGUUGAGGAACCUUUCAAAGUUGACGGUUUCGGCUUCGUUUUUCCCAUUGGACCACCUUUGGUGGCUGAUGUUUCAAGAGCCAUCUUAAAAGUAGCAGAGUCACCAAAGGCAAUGGAGCUAGAGCGCGCUUGGUUCAAGAAGAAAGAAGAAAGCUGUCCAGACCCAGUCACCAAUCCAGACCCUAAUCCAUCUUUUAGCUCUAGGCAGCUCGGUGUAGACAGUUUCUGGCUUCUGUUUCUUGUUGUGUUUGUUAUGUGCGUUCUAACACUCGGCAAAUUCACAUUCUGUUUCCUUAAGAAGACUAAAAUGAAUGAGUUGUGGAAAGAGUUUACACAACCAGACAAAGAUUCGUACAUCAACGGUGUAGAGAAAUGUCCGUGUUCGUCAAAUCAGCACAUGCCUGAGAACAGGAAUCAAGCAACAAACCAGAUUGACAACUGUUAGAGACACAAGUCAGAGCAACCAUUACGCUGGUAUCAAGUGAGAUUCAUGACCAAGACUGUCUCUAAUCUAACAAAACAAAAAAUCAUGAACAGUACCUAUGUAGCUUUAUUGUAUAUGCUUCUUGAAAAUUCAGUUGUUCUGUAACGAUGUAAAUAAAAAUUAUUCAGAUAACGAGAUUCCACAUUUUGAAACUAA